CACUUCCUGUCAACACAGACUCAGCAGCAAGGCAUGUGUGUGGCUGUUCAGCGGCUGGGCUGCAGGGAUCUCAGUGGGCCUGGGUGCCGGGUACCAGGGAGUUAGGCUGCAGAAAUCUCAGUGGGGAGGGAGCUGGGCUACAGGACCCGGCAGGGUGCUGGGUACCAGUGAGCUGGGCUACAGGGGAUCCCAGCAAGGCAGGGAGCUGGAUGCCAAGGAGCUGAGGUGCAGGGAUUUCAGCAGGGCACAUUGCUGGGUGCCGGGGUGCUGGGCUGCAGGGAUCAGAGGCACAGGGUGCUGGGUGUCAGGGAGCUACAUUGCAGUGGUCCCAGCGGGACAGGGUGCUGAGUGCCAGGGAUCUGGGCUGCAGAGGUCCCAGCGGGGCAGGGAGUUGGGUGCCAGGAAGCUGACUGGAGCUCUGCAGGGAUCCCAGCAGUGCACUUGCCCCUAGUACUCCUCCCACCAUGGCUGGGUCCGACCUAGUGCAGGAGCUGCAGUUGGAGGUUACCUGCUCCAUCUGCACCAGGUACAUGGAGGUGCCUGUGAUGCUGGACUGUGGGCACAACUACUGUGAGGACUGCAUCAGCCAGCACUGGGACAGGGUGGAGGAGGAGGAGGAGCCGAGGCAGUGCCCCCUGUGCCGCCAGUCCUUCCGACAGCGCAGCUUCCGCCAGAACAAGUCGCUGGCCAACAUAGUGGAGAUCGUGCAGCGGUUCCCCUACCAGGAUAAGGCCCAGGAUGUGCGCUCCACAUCCAGCUCCACCAUGGGGAAGGACCCCCAGGAGCAGCAGGAGAGUUUCAGGCAGUGUCUGGAGACUCUGAAGAGGGACCUGGAGAUCGUGCUGAGCCUCCCAUGCGAUGGAGAGAUGCGAGAGCACCUGCUCCACUUCCUGCAGGAUGGGCAGCAGAUGAUCCUUCAGAAGCUGCAGGAGAUGGAGGAGAUGAAUGGCACAAGGGAGGAGGGGGAAGAGAGGAAAGAGGAGCCAGACCCAGCGCAGCAGGAUGAAAAUAUCACCUUGAGCAGGUCUGACAGUGAGAAGUCCUCGAAGCCCCGCUCACAGUCGCCAGAGCUGUGUGACUGCCGGCUGCCCCUGCUGAACAGCGUCCAGAGGAUACAGAUGAUGGGUUACAGAGUGGAGGUGACUCUGAAUCCUAAAACAGCCAACCCUCAGCUUGUCCUGUCCAGUGACAGGAGGAGUGUGCGUCUUGGAGAUGAGCGGAAGGACCUGCUCAACUGCUACGAGAUUCGACACAGUUCCUUGCGUCCUGGCCAAUGAAGGGUUCUCAUUUGGCAGAUAUUACUGGGAAGUGGAGGUGUGGGAUGCUGGCUGCUGGGCUGUGGGAGUGGCCAGGAAGUCAGUGAAGAGGAAGGGACAUCUCAGACUCACACCUGAGCAUGGGUUCUGGACUGUCGAGAUGCACAUGGGCAAAUACUGGGCUCUCAACACCUCCCCGGCCCUUGUGUACUGCAACGAGAGGCUUCACAGGGUUGGGAUUUACCUGGACUGCACGGAAGGGCG